AUGAGCCUCAUCGCUCGCGCUUGCGAGAAUCUACAAAAGCUCGGUCUUUCUAAGACCACCCGUGGUGCAGUGCAAAAUUGCCUAGCGAGUUUAAAAUCGAAUAGGGAAAAAUUCAAAGCGUUACACGAAAACUUAUACAAGCUGAGAUCGCCAAAAUUUAAAAAGCUGGACUACUUUGUCGAUAAGGUUUAUGAGCAAUGCGACGAAAAAUUUGUCGAAGCCCAGGGCACAAUGCUCACUAUCCUCGACAGUUUUGAACCGCCAGCUCAACAGAAUACAGCCGACAACUCUAUGAAUUUAUCGUCCGCAUCGCAUUCUCGACGUUUGCCUUGCAUCGAUCUAUCGAAAUUCAACGGUGAUUAUUCGCAGUGGGAUCAUUUCAGAGAUCUCUUUUCAUCAAUGAUCAACGCGAAUACCGAUCUCUCUGCUGUCGAGAAACUUUAUUAUUUAAAAAUGAGCCUAUCGAACGAGCCGGCUACACUCUUGAAAGGCGUCGAGAUAUCGAGCAAAGGAUUUAAUCGCGCAUGGGAUACUCUCGUCGCCCGGUACGACAAUAAGCGUAUCCUCAAGGAUGCUCAGCUCUCCGCUCUGUUUUCGAUUCGCAAGGCAAAAACCGAAUGUGCAUCGAAAGUGAAACGCCUUCUCUGCGAGCUGAAAGAAGCCAUCGGAGCCCUCGCUACAUUGGGCUGCCCAGUUCAUCACUGGGAUGUUAUUCUCAUCUUUAUGACGGUGCGCAAGUUAGACACCGAAUCUGUAAAGGAGUGGGAAAAAUCACUCGGAGCCACAUCGCAAGCACCAUCGUUCGAAGACUUCGAGAAAUUUUUUCUCGGUCGUAUUCUCACUCUCGAAGCCUUCGAACGAACGACUUCUCGGAAACAACACGCAAAUCCGUCAAGACCUCAAGCUAACGCUCGUGCAUAUACCGCUGCUGUGUCUGAGCAAAAGUGCGCGUUGUGUUCAUCGGGACACUACAUCUCCUCGUGUCCUAAGUAUCUCGAAAAGACACCCGUGCAGCGAAAGAAAGUAAUCAUUGCAAAAAGUCUAUGCUUUAACUGUCUCGGGCCUCAUCAAAUAAAAUCGUGUCGCUCAACAAAGCGCUGCCGUCUCUGCCACAAGCAACACUCUACCCUCCAUAAUCAAGCCGGUAACACAGCGAUCAGUGCAUCAGAUGCAUCCUCAAACUCGUCGACGUCUGUCGCCACAUCAUCUCCGCCGGCAACUCAUAGUGCAAUCUUCAUAGGCUUCAGAUCGCUAUUUCACAGCUCUUGUGACGUGCAGUCUUACAGAGAGACGUACUAA